AUGGGCCAGGGCGAUGAGAGCGAUCGCAUCGUGAUCAACGUGGGAGGCACUAGGCACCAGACUUACCGCAGCACCCUGCGCACCCUGCCCGGCACUCGGCUGGCCUGGAUUGCUGAGCCUGAUGCCCACAGCCACUUUGACUAUGACCCACGUACAGAUGAGUUUUUCUUUGAUCGGCACCCAGGGGUCUUCGCCCACAUCCUGAACUACUACCGCACGGGCAAACUACACUGCCCAGCAGAUGUGUGUGGGCCUCUGUAUGAGGAGGAGUUGGCCUUCUGGGGCAUUGAUGAAACCGAUGUGGAGCCCUGCUGUUGGAUGACCUACCGACAGCACCGCGACGCUGAGGAGGCUCUUGACAGCUUUGGUGGAGCGCCCCUGGAUAGCAGUGCUGAGGAUGGAGAUGUAGAUGGCACUGGAGACUCUGGUGAUGGCGAGGAGGAGCUGGAGAUGACUAAACGCCUGGCACUCAGUGAUUCGCCAGAUGGCAGAUCGGGGGGCUUCUGGAGAAGGUGGCAGCCCCGCAUCUGGGCACUCUUUGAGGAUCCAUAUUCCUCCAGAUAUGCAAGGUAUGUGGCAUUUGCCUCCCUCUUCUUCAUUCUGGUCUCCAUCACCACUUUUUGCCUCGAGACCCAUGAGAGAUUUAACCCCAUCGUGAACAAGACAGAAACCGAAUUCAUUGGAAACGACACCCAGAUCCGACACUACAGGGAAGCAGAAACUGAGGCCUUUCUGACCUACAUUGAAGGUGUCUGUGUGGUCUGGUUUACAUUUGAGUUCCUAAUGAGGGUGACGUUCUGCCCAAACAAGGUGGAAUUUAUCAAAAACUCUUUGAACAUCAUUGACUUUGUGGCCAUUCUGCCUUUCUAUUUGGAGGUUGGACUAAGUGGCCUGUCUUCCAAAGCUGCUAAGGAUGUCUUGGGCUUCCUACGAGUAGUCCGUUUCGUGCGAAUUCUACGAAUUUUCAAGCUGACUCGCCAUUUCGUGGGGUUGCGGGUCCUGGGACAUACCCUCCGUGCCAGCACAAAUGAAUUCUUGCUGCUCAUCAUAUUUUUGGCAUUGGGCGUCUUAAUCUUUGCCACGAUGAUCUACUAUGCUGAGAGAAUAGGUGCUAAACCCAAUGAUCCUAGUGCCAGUGAACACACACACUUUAAAAAUAUCCCCAUCGGCUUCUGGUGGGCUGUUGUCACCAUGACUACCCUGGGCUACGGAGACAUGUAUCCUCAGACUUGGUCAGGCAUGCUGGUGGGGGCUCUCUGUGCUCUUGCAGGCGUGCUGACCAUUGCCAUGCCUGUCCCCGUCAUUGUGAACAAUUUUGGAAUGUAUUACUCCUUAGCUAUGGCUAAGCAGAAGCUACCAAAGAAAAAAAAGAAGCAUAUCCCGAGGCCACCCCAGCUGGGAUCCCCCAAUUAUUGUAAAUCUGUCGUAAACUCUCCACACCACAGUACUCAGAGCGACACAUGCCCACUGGCCCAAGAAGAAAUUUUAGAAAUUAACAGAGCAGGUAGGAAACCUCUUAGAGGAAUGUCCAUCUGACC